CACCGCCGGCACCAUCGUUUCCGGCUCAGCCCAGAAACGGACGGAUAGCUCGGAUAGCUUCUGGCCUCGGUUUCUCUGGUCUUUCGUAUCUCCGGCGUUUCUGCAGCUCAUUCGGUCACUGGGGCAGGUUGUUACCAAUAAAGUUUUACUUUUCAAAGCCGGGCGGAUUGGGCCGUGCCCAUUCUCCGUCCCCUGGCUCGUUGCCCGCAGUGCCUCUUGGCUACAGAUAACCUUCUGGGCGUCAUGGACAGGGGCCGCCGCGGCCGGGUGGGUAUGAGGCCGCCUUUCGCUGCUCGCACGCUCCCGUGGCUCCUGGGCCCACCGGCGUCCGCCUCAGCCUGAGUGCAGCCCCUCCGCGCCCACGGGCCGUCUCGCGCCGGACCCAUGGCCUCCGAGGCGCCGUCGCCUUCGUUGUCGCCUUCGCCGCCUCCCUCCCCCGAGCCAGAGCUGGCCCAGCUGAGGCGGAAGGUGGAGAAGUUGGAACGCGAGCUGCGGAGCUGCAAGCGGCAAGUGAGGGAGAUCGAGAAGCUGUUGCAUCACACAGAACGGCUGUACCAGAGCGCCGAGAGCAACAACCAGGAGCUCCGCACCCAGGUAGAAGAGCUCAGUAAAAUACUCCAUUGUGGGAGAAACGAAGAUAAUAAUAAGUCUGAUGUGGAAGUACAAACAGAGAACCACCCUCCUUGGUCAAUCUCAGAUUAUUAUUAUCAGACAUACUAUAAUGAUGUUAAUCUUCCAAAUAAAGCAUCUGAACCCUCAGUUCAGGAAGAUCAGGAUAUCGAAGCUUCUACUUUUAAUUCUAAAGACCAGGCACAUGUAGAAAAUGAUGCUUAUGCUGGUACUGAUGUAACAGAAAGUGUCAAAUGUGGACAAGAGGACCAUUUUGUCUCAAAUUCACAGGAGCCAGCGUCUGUGUUGGCAACAGAAGAUACAUCCUUGGAAGGUUCAUCAUUAGCUGAGAGUUUGAGAGCUGCAGCAGAAGCUGCUGUAUCACAGACAGGAUUUAGUUACGAUGAGAAUACUGGAUUGUAUUUUGAUCACAGCACUGGAUUUUAUUAUGAUUCUGAAAAUCAACUCUAUUAUGAUCCCUCCACUGGAAUUUAUUACUACUGUGAUGUGGAAAGUGGUCGAUAUCAAUUUCAUUCUCGUGUAGAUUUGCAACCUUAUCAGACUUCUGGCACAAAACAAAGUAAAGAUAAAAAACUGAAGAAGAAAAGAAAAGAUCCAGAUUCUUCUACAACAAAUGAGGAAAAGAAUUUGAAUUCAGAAGAUCAAAAAACAUCCAAUAUUGAACAAAUAAACUGCAGUGAGGGAGAAGAUUUUGCAAAUGUGAAAAAGAAGGCCAAAAUAGACAUUCAUUACAAAAACAGUCCCCCCAAAUUGACUGUUCCAGUUAGCGCAAAGACUGUAGAAUCUCCUCUUAAUGAAAACAUUUACAAUUCGGCUUCAUUUAAAGAUGAGAAAAUCACAGAGACUGAUAGUGAGCCAGAGGAAGGUGAAAUUACAGACUCUCAGACUGAGGACAGUUAUGAUGAGGACAUUACCAGUGAAGACAGUGUAACUGCAGAAGAUACUGAAGAUGAAGAUGAAGAAAAAAUUUGGCCCCCAUGUAUUAGAGUAAUUGUUAUUAGAUCACCUGUGUUGCAGACAGGAUCACUUUUUAUCAUUACAGCUGUAAACCCUGCUACGAUUGGAAGAGAAAAAGAUAUGGAGCAUACUCUUCGAAUCCCUGAAGUCGGUGUCAGUAAGUUUCAUGCAGAAAUUUAUUUUGACCAUGACUUACAAAGUUAUGUCCUUGUGGAUCAAGGCAGUCAGAAUGGUACAGUUGUUAAUGGAAAACAGAUUCUUCAGCCCAAAACCAAAUGUGACCCUUACGUACUUGAGCAUGGAGAUGAAGUGAAGAUUGGAGAAACUGUGUUGUCCUUUCAUAUUCACCCUGGCAGUGACACCUGUGAUGGCUGUGAGCCAGGGCAGGUUAGAGCCCACCUUCGUCUUGAUAAGAAAGACGAACCCUUUGUUGGUCCAGCACUAAGUAAGGAGGAAAAAGAGUUGGAAAGGAGAAAAGAAUUAAAGAAAAUACGAGUAAAAUAUGGUUUGCAGAAUACAGACUAUGAAGAUGAAAAGGCAUUGAAGAAUCCAAAAUAUAAAGAUAGAGCUGGAAAACGUAGGGAGCAGGUCGGAAGUGAAGGAACUUUCCAAAGAGAUGAUGCUCCUGCAUCUGUUCAUUUUGAAAUUACUGAUAGCAACAAAGGUCGGAAGAUGUUGGAGAAGAUGGGUUGGAAGAAAGGAGAGGGCCUAGGGAAGGAUGGUGGAGGAAUGAAAACUCCGAUCCAGCUUCAACUUCGGCGAACACAUGCAGGCUUGGGGACAGGCACACCAUCCUCAAUUGAAGAUGUUCACCUUCUCCAAAGCAAGAACAAAAAGAACUGGGAGAAAGCACGAGAGAGGUUUGCUGAAAACUUCCCAGAAACUAAAUCUCAAAAAGAUGUGUCAGGGACUGUGCCGUGGGUCAAAGGGACUGUAGAGUGAAAGUCAGUUGUAGAACACAAUGAAGCUUUUUUAUAGAGUUUGGAAACUCUUGUUUUAUUGCAGAAAUUUUUCCUCCAUAAGAGUCAGUUGCAUGAGGGAACUGUGUCAUAAUGUACCCCCUCAUGAUUCAGAAAUGUGUAAUAAAGUGUGGAUUGCAGCUUUUUUAAAAAACAUUUUUAAAAACUAAUAAAUAGUCACUGAAUCAAGUUAUGCUGUGAGUGGACUAAAGUUCACAGAGCACGGAUGAGCUUAUCAAACUUUGCUAUUUUAUUUUGUCAUUUGCAAGACCCAUACAAGCAACUAGCCAUAUAAGCAAAAUUCAUGUAACCACUAAUGACUUCAAUGUACAUUUUUCCUUGUCUCCUUAUAUUCAUUAUUGUAAGAUGCAUAACAAAAGAAACAUCAAAAGUUUAUAAAAACAGUUCUAACUAUAUGCAUCCUUCUUUGUGCCCUUUAGAAUAGAAAAUGUUGAGAAAACAUGGGUAGUGUAUAAAUUUUAUUAUUUUUGAGGUAACCUAAGUAAUGUUGGAGAACUAAUGAACAGGUGACAUGUAGAAAAUUAGUCUUUCAUUGUUUUCUUCUGUGAAGAAUCUAUGAAUUUGUACUAUAUAUUAAGCAUUUGCAUUUGGUUUGUUUCAUAGCUGAUAUAUUUAGAUAUGAACAAUUGAGUACAGUAUUGAAAUAUUCAAUGUGCUAGCAUUUGUAGUUUUGAUAAAUCCUGUUGCUGGCAAUGGAGUUGUGCCAGAGAAAUCUGAUUUCUACUGCAAAAGGAUUACCUAGCCAAAGCCUCAAACUCAAGAUUUGUUUAAAAAUGUCUUCAAAUGCAAUAAAAACCUCAUAACAUCAAAAAGUGAUUCCUUGACCCAGAAUUUAAACAUACUGGUCUGCUUUGAACUCAUGACCAGCCAGAAUUUUCCUCUUGAAAUUGGCAGCACAAUAAUGAAAGCGUAACCCUAGAUUUUUGGAGACUGCAGUGCAGCUUUCUGAGUGCAGGUGUCACUGCUCUGCCAGUUAUUGCUGUUUUCUAUUCAACAUUUCUCUCAGCUUUUGGCUGGGAAGUCAGUAUUGGAACUGAUCUUUUCUCACCAGUGAAUAUAAACUCUAGCUCCUUCAUCUACUAUAGAGGAAUAUCUUUAGGAUAUAGAAAUAGGAAAGAAAAAUUCUGGGAAAAAAAUUGUACAAUAGGGGAGAUAAUUCAGAAAGGAAGGCUACUUGUUGGAAUUUCUAGUCUAAAUAGUACAGGGUACUCAGGAAGAAAGAGGGACGUGGAAAGAAAAAUAAAUGUGUUACUAAAGGUGAGAUAUAUGACCAAACAAUAGUUAAGGCACUAUAGGCCUAAAAUGGAAUAAUUGAGUCCUAUAAUUCCGAAUCUGGGUUAAGUAUUUUUCUGUAUCCUUCCUGGCCGCCUGUAUAUUCUGAAAUAGGCACAUUAGUCUUGGAAGCAAUAGGAGUGUCCUGAAUAAUUUUCUCUAAAGUAGAAAAGUUAUGCAUCUAACUGUGGUUUUGGUACUGGUGCCCUGUAUAUAGGUAACAAUAUAGGACCUUCAGAGUAAACUUGCUUCUGGUAGAUCUCACUCAUUGGAUUAGCGUACAACUGUCUAUAUAAUAGUUCUCAUUUUUAUUAUUAGAUUGUGGAAAACUUUUGCAUUAUUUUCUUUUGUUAAGAAAAUGGAAACUUGAAAAUGGUGAUAAAAAUUGAAUUAUAUGUGAUAUUUGCAUUAUUAAAACCCUUGGCAGAUCUCAAGUCUCAGGGCUAUACUAUAUACUGGUUAAAGCACUGAAUAAUGUCUGUUUUUCUUUCUACCUGUGAAAUGAGAAUAAUAUUUAUCUCAUAUGUUUGUCCUGAAUUGAAAAUGAGACAAUGUAUAUAAAAGCACUUUGUUAACUAUAAAGGUAGUACAAGUGUGAGCUUCUAUUUGUUUAGAAGCAUAAAUGUGGAUUAUGUACAAUUUGAAUUACACAUAAAUUUGUUUUGUGUCUAAUA